UUGUUUCACUUCUUUCUGGCAUCGGCACAGACAAGAUGGCUCUAGCAGUAUUUUCGCUGUUUGCGGUGUUGGCAGUCGCUAAUGCCGGCGUAACGUUCAACUUUGACCCCCGAAUCGUAAACGGUGAAGACGCUAAGCUCGGUGAAAUUCCAUAUCAGGUAUCUCUCCAAACGACACCAGGUAACCGUCAUUUCUGUGGCGGAUCAGUGCUCAAUUCACAGUAUGUUCUCACAGCGGCUCACUGCGUCCAGAGUCAAACACCCGAAAGGAUGGAAAUCGUUGCCGGCACCGUGAACUUGGAUAACCGCGCGUCGGUCCACGAGGUCGAGAAGAUUAUCAUCCACGAACAGUACCAACCGUCCAAUUCUUGGAAUAAUGACAUAGCUCUGAUCAAGGUAAAAACGCCCUUCGUGACGAGUCAACGAAUAGCCUCUGUUCCGAUGCCAAAGGCAAAUGAAGCAGUGCCUGCUAAUGCUGUCGCAUGGGUGUCGGGCUGGGGAAGACUCAGGUCUGGCGGCUCGCUCCCAAAGAUACUGCAAAAGGCAAAGAUCCAGAUAGCCGACCAAGAAGCCUGCAAAAAGGUGUACACAUCUAUCGGCCAGAAAAUCUUCGAAUCCCAUAUCUGUGCUAACGAUCCAUCGGUCGAGAAAGGAGCAUGCAACGGUGACUCUGGCGGCCCCCUUACUGUCAACGGAAAGAUCGUUGGUAUCGUCUCCUGGUCAAUGGGAUGCGCACUUCAAAGGUAUCCCACUGUUUACACGCGAGUCACGUCUUACUUGGACUGGAUCAAACAGCAUGCAGUUUAAGCCAGGACUAUUGACCGAUCGACGACUUUUUGUGAAUUUAUACAGUGUUCUUGAAGACUACAUUUUCUAUACAUAUUAUUUAAAUAUGUUUAUUUAAUGUGUCUACACGGUGAAUGCUUUAUUAUUCGCACCCGUAAUUUGUACAUGAUUAUCGGUAUUGAAAAUUGGAGAAUAAAUUUUUAUAACUAA